UCCUCUUACAGAAUGAAGGAAAGUCCACUCUGAACUGAGCACAGUACAUCAUUACCACCUCUGCUCAUAAUAAAUCAGUCAAUAAUAGAUAGAUCAGUUAGCCUUGGUGUAAUAUUUGUUGAAGAAUAAGCAUUUUAUUGAGAUUUUUGAAAGCAUUAUGGGUACAUGUUAUGACAUGAAUGAUCAGGGAUCAGUUUGUUUUAAAAAGCGCUGAAUUAAAAGUGAGUAACAGAAUGGAUGAUAUAGUUUCCUAAGCUGCUGAAAAUCCCCUCCAAGAAUGACUGUAGUAUAUUACGGGCUCUCUGAGCUCUUGUUCACACACGUGUUUGAUUCCAUUACGAAUGCUGAAGUGUUAAUGCUGUUUUCGAGUGAGGGAGUGGUCCAGGGAUCCGAGCCCUACCCCACUUCAAAAUGGUGGUCUGGGGUUCACUUCCAUGGACUCGUGGCACAGUCCACAUCAGAUGUUCUAGCUAACUGUGCUCAUGCAGAGUAAUGCGGUUGGUUCAACUGGUCACAUUAUUUUCACCAGCAUUACGAAAGUAGGAAGUAGUUAUUAUGGUUAUUGAUAUAUAAGAGAUUUUGAUAGCACCAGUGCACUGUAAUUACUUCACUGUACUGUACAUCUCCUGUCUGUCCCACAUACGAGAUCAGCUCCCCGUUUGCAUGUAUUCCUGCAUGAUGACAUGACCUGCAUCCAAAAUGUGGUUUUCUUUGCCAUUUGAUUGUUGCUACGACAGGAAAAAAAUUUAAAAAAACUCAAACAUGUGAACCUAGUGCCUACCAUUUUGCAGACCUGCGCUCACUGAACUGGGGUGUGGAAUUGCGCGAAAACCUAUCCACAGUUCGGAAGGAAUUCUUCAAUGUGAACGCAAACCCGUGAUUAUGAGGCCUGUAAAUUUGAAUUUGAGGUUCUGGUCAGAGCUAUUGGUGGAAAUGUGUGUGUUUAGGCUUGAUUCAUUUUCUUAGCUGUCUAACUGUGGCGCUGUGGAACUGAUGACCCUGUGAAACAGCUUCCUAAAACAAAUAGGAUGUUUUGUGACCCCUUUACGUGGCAUGUGUGUGUGUGUGUGUGUGUGUCUUUCUGUCUGUUUAUAUCUAAAUUUUCUGCAUUCUCAUUCUUCAUGUUCAUGAAAGUGUAAUAAGUGCAGGUUUUGUUCUUCACGUCCUUAAAGGCCAUCCAGUGACUUUGUGAGUAAGUAAGGCCGUUUUAAAGGCACUAGAUGUGUCACAGAAAAGCCGUUUCAAGAGCACUGAAUGUGUCCUGGGUUUGCACUGGUCAUGUCCUGACUACUCUCUUGGCUACCUGUGCUGCUGCUGUCAGACUUAAACUAGCUGAAGUUUAAUAAGGUUUAUAAUAAUUGUAAGGUGAACACACCAACGCCUGGCUGAGAGUACUUGUUACAGCCCUUCUGAUGAUUGUGCGCCAUGCUGUAUUAUGAAUAAGGCUAAACUGUGCUCUUUCUUGAAGAUAUCUCUAAAAUCUUGAGGAAAACUUUAACCGAUUAACUCUGCUCGUCUAAACUUCUCCCGUAUGACAAACCACAACAUUAAAGGCUUACCUUCAGAAUAGUGUCUAAUCAUAUUAUUUUAAGAAUUAUGAAUGGAAAUAAUUAGGAUGUGACUCACUGCUAAUUGUAUUUGGAAAUACACGAUCGAUCCCCAAGGGGGAAAAUGUGGUUAUUGGGUAAGAUUAUCAGGCAAGUAAAGCAAUUUUUCCCAUUCGUUAUUCUCUGAAAUGAGCAAAAUAUAUAUUUAUGAGUCUCGAAGAUCUUGUGUGCAUCUUUCAAAACACAGUAUAGUAAUGCUGGUGUAGAGGGUGCAGCAGAGGUCAGAGGGCAAGUCAGAGGUCAGGAGGGUUCAGAUCUGGAGCAGAUAUAACAGCUGAGUAUCUGUGCAGCCAUGGCUGGAUUUUAACACUCCUCCAGCCUAUUUUUAACAUGCUGUUGCCCGGUGAAUACAUUUUGCACCCUUUUGAGGUAUCCUUGUGUUUCUUUGUACAAUGUGCAUCAGAAAAUUAAUGAUAUCUAAUAAUGUAUAUUCACGUCAUUAUAAACCUUUCUGAGCAUCAUGGUGUUUAGUGCUCCUUUGUCACUUACUGAAACUGACUAGACGAAAAAAAUCUUACAAAAUAAUUUUUUUUUUUCAUUUCUUUUUUUUUUUGCUUUGUUUUGCUAGUUCAGUAAUUGAGUUGUGAUUUGUUAGCAAAACCUCAGCAAAACUAAGUCUGAUGCAUAUGGUGUAUGGUGAGAAUGAAAUUUUUGCCGUGUUGCUCACUUCUGGAGUGUAUACAGACGAUGCAUAGGAAUUACAAAAUUAAAUAUGAUGCGAUGCAACAGUGUCUUGAUAUGAUAUAUUUUUCGUAUAGCAUCACCUUAAAAAGUGUCUUAGGUUUCCAUUUUCAAUUGGUUCAAAAUAUUCAACAGUAUAAAAGUACAAUAAUUGAAAAGAUGUAAUGAUCCAUUCAGACUCUUAGCAGCGUAAGGCAAAAUAAUAAAGCUGUGCAUUAGAUUGUAAUUAAGCAUGGCUAGGAGUGCAAUACAUGUGUACAAGUAGCAUGGUGGUUUGGGUGUACAUGUGUAUUCUCUAGUGUUGUUAUGGCGAGUUCAAUGCGGCUCUUCCUUGAGCUAAAAACUCCACAAGGCUGCAGGCCUGGAUUGAAGAUUUAAUCAAAUCAAAAGCCUUCUAUUCUAAAUCAAUUAGUCAGAGCAAAACACACACACAGACCAGUGUUUUCCUGGAUGUGGAGCAAUAGCUCAUAUUUCAGUGUUAUUGCAUUCGUCUGUCCUGCACGUCAGUGUUAUAAUCACUCUGGCUUAACAGUGGGUGCUCCAGUUGCUCAUAGUAGACUUGUUUAUAUUGUUCAUCUUGGCUGGACUGCAGACAUGGACUUCAUGUUCUUUCGGUUCUGAGAUGGACACUGAGUGAAGAACGACAGCUGCAGACCCUCCCCCACACCGAGGUCUCGUCAUAUCACCAGAGUGGUCAUGUGUGUAUGAGAUGGAGGCAGCAGUAGGCUAGCAAACUCUUUCACUCUCUUCACCCUCAUGUCAGAGAGAAAUGGAUUUGAUAUUUCUUAAACCAAAGACAUUCACAGCUGGAGAUCUCAUUUGGCUGUUAUUGCCACUCAGCAACUAACUAUGGGUUAUGGCUAUCCUCUCAGACUGAGGUCAGACCUCAGCUUUCUCUUUUUGGAUUCGUUUAACUCAAAAAAAGCAACAAUCUGCAUGGUAAAGUACACGUUUUGGAUGGCGUGGUGGUCUUUAGCUUUAAAACAUGCUAAAGGUUGGAAGUCAUCAUUGCCAGUGGUAGACUAACAGUCUUAUCAUCAUCAUCAUCAUCAUCAUCACAGCUGUAUGGACUGGCACAUGAUCAUGGUCUUAAGACAGAAGUGACUUGAGUCUGUCGAGAGUUCUUUAGUCUUGCUGCCUGAUUCGUCACCAUGUCAGGCAUGAAGAAAAGGAGAGAGAGAGCAGGAGCACCCAACCUGCGCAUACAAAUCUGGCCAACGGCUCAGUUCCGUUGCCAUGGCAACAGCAGCCUCCUGCAGCACCUCCUCAGCCCCACAUCUUUCUCUUCCUCCUCUUCCUCUCCUCUCCGCCUGUCACACGGUGGAGGGCCAGAAGAGGCCGUCUAUGCCCCGGGCCCUGCCUCUGCCCCAGCUCUUGGCCUCGGCUCCCCCAACCCCUUCUUCUGGAGUUGUCGGACGAGCAACAGGAAGAGCCUGAUAGUGACUUCCAGCACCUCUCCCACUCUACCCAGACCUCACUCACCACUACACGGACAUACUGGGAGCAGCCCACUGGACAGCCCACGCAAUUUCUCCCCCAACACUGCAGCCCACUUCUCCUUCGUGCCCGCCCGCAGUCACGGGCACAGGACUGACAGGACGGAUGGCCGGCGCUGGUCUCUUGCCUCACUGCCCUCUUCAGGGUACGGAACCAACACUCCCAGCUCAACAGUCUCAUCAUCAUGUUCAUCCCAGGAGAAGCUGCACCAGCUGCCCUUCCAGCCCACCGCAGACGAGCUGCACUUCCUCACCAAGCACUUCAGCUCCGAGAGCAUCACUGACGAAGAGGGCAGGAGAUCGCCAGCCAUGCGGCCGCGUUCCCGCAGCCUCAGCCCUGGGCGCUCUCCCAUAUCUUUCGACCAUGAGAUCGUCAUGAUGAACCAUGUUUACAAAGAGCGUUUCCCGAAGGCCACGGCUCAGAUGGAGGAGCGUCUGGCCGAGUUCCUGUCCUCCUCAGCUCCAGAGAAGGUCAUGCAUCUGGCUGAUGGUGUCUUGAGCUUCAUCCACCACCAGGUGAUUGAGCUGUCCCGAGACUGCCUGGAGAAAUCACGUGAGGGGCUCAUCACUUCCCGCUACUUCUAUGAGCUGCAGGAGAACCUGGAGAAACUGCUGCAGGAUGCUCAUGAGCGUUCAGAGAGUGUGGAGGUGACCUUCGUCACCCAGCUCAUUAAGAGGCUGAUGAUCAUCAUCGCUCGGCCUGCCCGGCUGCUAGAGUGUCUGGAAUUUGAUCCUGAGGAGUUCUAUCACCUGCUGGAAGCUGCAGAAGGCCAUGCAAAAGAAGGCCAGGGAAUCAAAUCAGACAUCCCUCGUUACAUCAUCAGUCAGCUGGGUCUUACUAGAGACCCCUUGGAAGAAAUGGCCCAGCUGACCAGUUAUGACAGUGGAAACUCAGAAACACCGGAGACUGAAUGCAGCGCUGACUCCUCUGAUAGUCGAGGUGCUAUGGUACAGCCACCUCAGCCACAGCAUAAGACCAAAACACCAAGAGAAGAGGACUUUGAGACCAUCAAACUCAUCAGUAAUGGAGCUUACGGGGCUGUGUUUUUGGUGAGGCAUAAGGAGACACGUCAGCGUUUUGCCAUGAAAAAGAUCAACAAGCAGAACUUGAUUCUGAGGAACCAGAUCCAGCAAGCGUUUGUGGAGAGGGACAUCCUCACGUUUGCUGAGAAUCCAUUUGUCGUCAGCUUUUUCUGCUCCUUCGAGACGCGCAGACACCUCUGCAUGGUCAUGGAGUAUGUGGAGGGUGGGGACUGUGCCACUCUACUAAAGAACAUCGGCGCUCUGCCUGUGGAUAUGGCACGCAUGUACUUUGCUGAAACUGUUCUGGCACUGGAAUACCUGCACAACUAUGGCAUUGUACACCGUGACCUCAAACCUGACAAUCUUCUAAUCACUUCAAUGGGACACAUCAAACUGACAGACUUUGGCCUGUCAAAGGUUGGCCUUAUGAGUCUCACCACUAACCUGUAUGAGGGCCACAUUGAGAAAGACGCACGCGAGUUCUUAGAUAAACAGGUGUGUGGGACACCUGAAUAUAUCGCCCCGGAGGUGAUACUCAGACAGGGUUAUGGGAAACCAGUGGACUGGUGGGCCAUGGGAGUCAUCCUGUACGAGUUUUUGGUGGGCUGUGCUCCUUUCUUCGGAGACACCCCCGAGGAACUGUUUGGACAAGUCAUCAGCGAUGAGAUAGUGUGGCCUGAGGGGGAUGAAGCUCUACCACCAGACGCUCAAGACCUCAUCUCUAAACUGCUCCGACAAAACCCACUGGAGCGAUUGGGAACAGGAAGCGCGUUUGAGGUGAAGCAGCACAGGUUUUUCAUUGAUCUGGACUGGAACAGUCUCCUGAGGCAGAAAGCUGAGUUCAUCCCUCAGCUCGAGUCUGAGGAGGAUACCAGCUACUUUGACACUCGCUCAGACAGGUAUCACCAUGUGGACUCUGAGGAAGAGGAGGAUACAAAUGAUGAUGAGCAUGUGGAGAUCCGCCAGUUCUCCUCCUGCUCCCCACGAUUUAACAAGGUGUACAGCAGUAUGGAGCGUCUGUCCUUGCAUGAGGAGAAGCGCACUCCUCCUCCCACCAAGCGCAGUCUCAGUGAGGAGGGCGCCGAGCGACUCAACAGUCUCAGCAGCCUCAAGUCUCGGGACCGCACCUGGAUGGUGGGCUCACCUGAAAUCCUGCGUAAACGCCUGUCAGUGUCCGAGUCUUCACACACCGAGAGCGACUCCAGCCCCCCUCUAACGGUUCGCCGGCGCUGCUGCUCUGCAAUCAUUGAAAUGCCUCGGUUCGCUAUCUCCACCGAGGAGGAGAGUGCCAGGAAAACUCCGAUCAGGGCUCAGCGCAGUGAAGAGCUCCCUUCUGCUAUCCCAGAACUCCCAGUGGAGAGGGAGCUCCGACUGGAUGAGUCUCCCAUCACACCAGCCUCCACUUCCAGCCAAGCCACCCGCGGCACACUCACACCUGGCAGUUGUGGCGAUUCCGUGGAUCGAGGAUCUCCUCGCAGCAACAAUAAUGAGGGAGCAGAUAAUUCCACUCCUAAAGCCAUCAGCGAUCUGGCAGUCCGUCGAGCUCGCCAUAGACUGCUAUCAGGAGACACAGAGAAACACACGUCACGGCCACUCAACAAGGUCAUCAAAUCAGCCUCGGCCACUGCACUGUCGCUCAUGAUUCCUACAGAGCACCACGGCGCCUCUCCUUUGGCCAGCCCCAUGUCUCCUCACUCCCUGUCCUCCAAUCCAUCGUCUCGGGACUCAUCUCCCAGCAGGGACCUAUCACCGGCUGUUUGCAGCGUGAAACCUGCCAUCGUUAUCCAUCGAGCAGGCAAGAAAUAUGGCUUCACGUUGCGCGCCAUCCGUGUCUACAUGGGAGACACUGAUAUCUACACUGUACACCAUAUGGUCUGGCAUGUGGAGGAGGGAGGACCAGCUCAUGAAGCAGGUCUAAGAGAGGGAGACCUCAUCACACAUGUUAAUGGAGAACCGGUCCAUGGCCUUGUUCACACAGAGGUUGUGGAGCUCAUUCUCAAGAGUGGAAAUAAGGUGUCUAUAUCAGCCACUCCCUUUGAGAACACAUCCAUUAAGGUUGGUCCAGCUCGUAAAAGCAGCCACAAGUCUAAAAUGGCUCGGCGCAACAAAAAGACCAAAACAAGAGAGGGACAGGACAGUAAGAAAAAGAACUCCCUAUUUCGGAAGAUCACUAAGCAGGCAUCUCUCCUGCACACCAGUCGCAGCUUGUCAUCUCUGAAUCGUUCGGUGUCAUCGGGUGAGAGUGUGCCUGGAUCUCCCACACACAUGUCCCCCCGCUCCCCAACACAGGGCUACCGCUCCACACCGGAUUCAGCCCAUUCUGUUGGGGGAAAUUCAUCUCAGAGCAGCUCUCCCAGCUCCAGCGUGCCAAACUCUCCUGCCAGCUCUGGUCAGAUCAGGCCCAGUUCCCUUCACGGCCUGGCCCCAAAGCUGCAGCGCCAGUACCGCUCCCCUCGGCGCAAGUCUGCUGGUAACAUUCCCCUGUCACCGCUAGCCCGUACUCCCUCACCCACGCCCCAGAGCACCUCCCCUCAGCGCUCCCCUUCUCCACUGCCCAGCCAUGCACUCCUGAGCUCCUCCAUUGGUCAGUCCUUUCCUGUAAAACUACACUCUUCGCCUCCACUAGUGCGCCAGAUUGCUCGUCCAAAGAGUGCUGACCCGCCUCGCUCCCCUCUGCUGAAACGUGUGCAGUCAGCUGAGAAACUGGCAGCCUCACUCUCAUCAUCCUCCUCGUCUCCCUCUCCUUCAUCUGCUGCCGAUAAAAAGCUGCCGGUGUGCGCCGGCCGCAAGCACAGUCUGGAACUCUCGCACACAGAAUUUAAGAAGGAGAUGCUCCAGCGGGAGCCAAGUUUACAGAGCUUGCAGGAGUGCGCUAGUGAGACUCUUCUGGGAGGGAGGGUGUCUCCAGCAGAAAAGGGCACUCUGCAGAAGCCUUUAGCACGUAAGCUAGGUCGGCAGGAAGGUCCUGACUCUGCAACUGGAUCCUUAGGGCUGGCUCCUGGUAAGAGCAAGCUGAAGGACAAGCUGUCAGCUAUCCGGCAGGACCGUGCCGAACGCAGAGAGUCUCUGCAGAAGCAGGAUGCCAUCCAUGAAGUGGAUUCCUCUGAGGAUGAAACAGAUGAGGGUUCAGAGGACAGCCAAGAUGGACGCAGGACAACUUUUGUCCCUCCUAGCCAUGUGCUUCGGCCUACAAGUGUGAUAGGAUCCCCACAUAUCAGGACAGGGCCAGCUGCUUUAACUACUCUGUCUCUGACCCCAUGCCCAGUGGCUCAGUCCGGCUCUCCUCAGCUCAGCCAAGGUCUACAGGCCCAAAACCAGACGCAAGCCCAACCUCCAUUGCUGGCAGCUAACGGCUCUGAGCAAAAACCCACCCAGACCCUGAUAUCUACUCCCUCUGCUGCCUCUACCUCAGCACUACCAGAAAAUUCCAGCGAGAGACGGGGAAAGGUUCAGGAUUCUGUGUCGAGCAGUAAAACACCUGGUCCUCAACCCAGUUCUCUGUCCAGCACUUUUUCUACACCUGGUAGCGCAUUUACCACUGUCAGCAAGGACCCUUUUGUCAAACCCUCAGCGCCCCCUCCAGACCAUAGGACUGCCAAAGUGAACAGCAAGCAAGAACCAAGCACAGUGCCUGUCAUAACCCGGGAACCCCAAAACCCUACUCCACCAACUGGAGGCAUCACGAAGGAGAUGAAGGAGGCAGACAACCGGAGACAAGCAGCCGCUGCUGCCGCUGCUGCAGUAUCCUCCUCCCCCUCCACAGCAGCUGAGAGUGGAGUGGAUAAAGUGGUUUCCCAGCUGGCCACAGUGGCCAAGAGCAUGCUAGGGCCAGUAAAGCUCAACAUCCCAGGGACCAAGGAGGCCCGACCCCAGGCAGACAUGGUGCACCCAAAAAGCAAAGAUCCACAUUUGAACAGUACUCGUUCUCCUGAAAAGACAUUUCCAUCUGUUGCUUCUGUCUCCCAAACAGGGCAGCAGUCUGAAUCCCCCACUCGACAGUUUUCUGCCAUAUCUGAGUUACCUUCAACUUCACAGAGGUUCCAGGAGACUGCAGGAACUUCAAAGAGGCCUUCCACCCCAAAAGACAGCUCGUCAGGCCCAGGAGAAUCCCAGGAGAGGCCAGGAACUCCACGGAGCAGUGCCUCUCAGAGGCCCAGUCCUGAAGCGCAUUCCCAGAGCCAGGCUAAACCCAGUUCCUCCACACAGCAAGACAAAUCCAGCAAGAAGACAUAGCAGCCUUGCACAGAAAGAAAUGACAACUCACCUAACAUGCAUGUUGAAAAAUAAAAAAUGUACUUCACACUAACCGAGAGAGGAGAGAAACGAAAGAAGAAAAUUCAAGCAAAGGAGCUCAGCAGCUUCAUUGUGGAUUGUUCUGUAUUGAGGGAUUUGGAUUGCUUUUAUUUUCUCCUUUACCACUUUUCUCAGCAUUGUUUUAUUAAGUUCAGGAAAAAAAAGAAAAUAUGGGGCUAGAAAUAAACCAUUUGAAAGACAAAAAUUGUAACAUUCAAUGUGUGUUCACUUGAAUAUUAGGUUCUCACUUUAUUUGCUGUUUUAGAUCUAGUGGUGCCUUAAUAUAAACUUAAAAGUCCUCACUUGUAAGUCCUUUUGCCAUUCAUUGAUGGAGGUAAGAUGUAUCUCAGCAAUAAAAUCAGCGUAUGCUUAGCAAUUUCUAUUAAUGUAGUAGAAUCCUGCGUUAGGUUGGCUGAAAACCACCACUACAUUUUCCAUCAUUUGCUAUUUUAUUGAUGACAGGUUGAGUACUGUACAAAUUGUAUGUCUGAUUUCUGAUGAAUCUGGAAUAUUACACACUUCUCAGUAGUGCUAAAAUUAAUUAUGGUUUAUUGUGUGGUUUAUUUCCACAAAAGAGCCUAUAAUAAUAUUUAAGACAGGUUUCCCAGGUAAGAACAAAAGGUUAAAUUAGAUGUGUGAUUAAAAAAAAAAAUCACAUCUGUCAUUUUUUCAUCUUGUCUUUUUUCAAGUUGCUUAGCUGUAGCACCCUCAGAUCUGUAGAAACUUAUUUCGUCAGCCAGGUUAUGUGUGUUAUUAUUGAUGGUUAAACAUCUGGCCACAUGUAAAUGCAUGACGUGUAGAUGAUUGUAAAUGAUGGACUGAUACUAAUGGCAUCGUCUGAUUUUAAUGUCUGUAUUCAUACUGAAAAAAGCGGUCCAAAUUGGAAAUGUUUUAUUGUUUUUAUUUCUAGCCCCUGCUCUCUUUUUUUUAUCAUUAUUAAUAACAACUGAAACGUUUUUAUUUUUAGGAUCUGGACCAACUUGCUGUGUUCUUUCUGUAUAUUUGCCACUAAUCUUUUAAAGUCAGAAAACUUGUACAUGCUUGUUAAUGAGUGAGCGAGUGUGCGUGUGGGGGGAGUGUGCGUGUGCGCUUAUAUAAAUGAAUAUUUAAAGUUCUGUGUCAGUUUUAUAUCCAAGUGUAUUGGGAGUGUAUCUUAGAUUAGAUUCUGUCUUUGCCAUUUCAGCUGUGUCUGAUUUAGACAUUUAUUACUAGCAGGCAAGGAUGUAUUUGCACAAUCCCUUUUUACUUUGUGUCAUAUGAAAAUGAAAACUAAUAAAAUACAGUCCAAUCA